CGUGCUCGCAUUUCGCAAUGUUGUUCUUCUGCCCGUCUUGUGGCAAUAUAUUAAUUAUUGAAGAAGAUACCUCCAGCCACAGGUUCACGUGCAACACGUGCCCAUUCAUAUCGAAAAUCAAGCGGAAGAUAACCACCAAAACGUACCCACGUCUGAAGGAAGUUGAUCACGUUUUGGGUGGAGUUGCGGCUUGGGAGAACGUUGAUUCCACGGAUGCUGAAUGCCCGGCCUGUUCACACAAACGCGCCUACUUCAUGCAAAUACAAACUAGGUCAGCGGAUGAGCCUAUGACUACAUUCUACAAGUGCUGUAAUCAUCAGUGCGGCCACAAUUGGAGAGAUUAGGACUGAUGCGCUACUUA